CAGUCUCUCUGGACUCCUCUUAAUGAGAGACAGAGAAAAUCAGGCACUUUAUAAAAAAAACAUUUAAAAAACACAUGAACAUUUUAAAGGCUGAUUUUAAAUUAGCCUUUAAAAUUUGCACAGAUUUCAAUAAAAAGAAACAAAUCUGUAAAGUAAGGAAAGAAAUACGUGGAGGGAAGCAGAAGUCUCAUCUUUGGUUCCAUCCUGCUGAGAGUUUUUUCCUCGCCUGCUGAGGAGAGGAGAUGGAGAACAACAUGACUGACUGUGAAGAGGGAGAAGGGGGACCCACAAGCCAGGGUGAUGGACACCCCAAAGAGAGUAGUCCUUUCAUCAACAGCAGCGCAGCCUCUGAUAUGGAAAAGAGCCAGCAAUAUGACGGCAAGAGCAUGGCCCUCUUUGAGGAGGAGAUUGAUACCAGUCCAAUGGUCUCCUCUCUGCUCAGCUCUCUGGCCAACUACUCCAACCUGCCAACUGGCAGCAAGGAGCACGAAGAGGCUGAGAAUAACGAGGAGGGGGCUCGGCCGUCUAAAAAACCUGUAAAGGCCCCCCAGCUCGGCACUCUGAUGGGAGUCUACUUGCCGUGCAUCCAGAAUAUUUUUGGAGUGAUCCUCUUCUUGCGGAUGACAUGGAUGGUUGGGAUUGGCGGAGUCUUCGGCUCAUUCAUAAUUGUCUUCAUGUGUUGCUCUACGACCAUGCUCACAGCCAUCUCUAUGAGUGCCAUAGCAACAAAUGGAGUCGUACCAGCUGGUGGGUCAUAUUACAUGAUCUCUCGCUCCCUGGGGCCAGAGUUCGGUGGUGCUGUGGGGAUUUGUUUCUACCUGGGAACCACCUUUGCUGGGGCCAUGUAUAUACUGGGUUGUAUUGAAAUUCUGCUGAUUUAUAUUGUUCCACAGGCAGCCAUCUUUAAGAUUGAGGGCCUGGAGGGUCCUGAGGCAGAGAUUGCUCUCCUCAAUAACAUGCGGGUAUAUGGCACCAUCGUGCUCAGUUUCAUGGCCAUAGUUGUGUUUGUUGGGGUCAAAUAUGUCAAUAAGUUGGCGUUAGCCUUCCUGGCCUGUGUUAUCCUAUCUAUUCUGGCCGUUUAUGCUGGAAUCAUCAAGACUGCCCUUGAGCCUCCUGUCUUUCCUGUUUGUCUCCUUGGAAAUCGAACACUUCUCUCUAAAUCAUAUGACGUUUGUGCAAAGGUCAUUGAAAUAGACAAUGAGACGAUCACCACAAAGUUGUGGAGGUCAUUCUGUGAUUCUGAUUCCCUCAAUGCUACAUGUGAUGAAUAUUUCAUCAACAACAAUGUUACAGAGAUGCAGGGCAUUCCUGGGGUCACUAGUGGGAUCCUUGCAGAGAACCUAUUUGGAAACUAUCUGGAGAAGGGUAUGAUCUUGGAGAAGCGUGGAAUCUCAUCCAAUGUGGAUCCUGAAAUUCCGACCACCAACGCCAAUCGCUACGUCCUAGCUGACAUCACCAGCUUCUUCACCCUACUGGUGGGGAUUUAUUUCCCUUCUGUUACAGGGAUCAUGGCAGGCUCAAAUCGCUCUGGUGAUCUGCGCGAUGCCCAGAAGUCCAUCCCGAUUGGUACCAUUGCAGCCAUCACUACCACCUCCACUGUGUAUAUGUCUUGUGUAAUCCUGUUUGGUGCUUGCAUUGAAGGAGUCGUACUGAGAGACAAGUUUGGGGAAGGGGUUAACGGUAACCUGGUGAUUGGCACCCUGGCAUGGCCUUCUCCCUGGGUCAUCGUGUUUGGCUCUUUCUUCUCCACCUGUGGUGCAGGACUUCAGAGUCUGACUGGAGCUCCACGUCUACUGCAAGCCAUCUCAAGAGACGGCAUCAUCCCAUUUCUCAGAGUUUUUGGACAUGGUAAAGCUAACGGGGAGCCAACCUGGGCACUGUUACUAACAGCUAGCAUCUGUGAGAUCGGCAUUAUCAUUGCCUCCCUGGAUUCAGUUGCUCCCAUCCUGUCUAUGUUUUUCUUGAUGUGCUAUAUGUUUGUCAAUCUUGCCUGUGCCCUGCAGACCCUGCUGAGGACACCAAACUGGAGGCCACGAUUUAAAUUCUACCACUGGGCUUUGUCUUUCCUGGGUAUGAGUCUGUGUCUGUCGCUCAUGUUCAUCUGCUCCUGGUAUUAUGCCAUAGUCGCCAUGGGUAUUGCCACCUGCAUCUACAAAUAUAUUGAGUUCUGUGGAGCUGAGAAGGAGUGGGGAGAUGGCAUUCGAGGAAUUUCGCUCAGUGCUGCACGAUUUGCUCUGAUGAGGCUGGAGGAGGGGCCGCCACACACCAAAAACUGGAGGCCUCAGAUCCUGGUGCUGGUGAGCAUGGAUGCUGAGCAGAAUGUGGAGCAGCCCCGCCUGCUCUCUCUGACCAAUCAGCUUAAAGCAGGCAAAGGCCUGACCAUUGUAGGUACUGCUGUUCAAGGAACUUUCCUUGACAGCUAUAGUGAAGCCCAGAGGGCAGAUCAGUCUUUGCGUAAGCUGAUGGAGACAGAGAGGGUGAAAGGUUUCUCUCAGGUGGUCUUCUCCUCCAACAUGAGAGAUGGGACAUCACACCUGAUCCAGGUUGGAGGACUUGGGGGUUUGAAGCACAAUACUGUGAUGGUGAGCUGGCCUCAGAACUGGAAGCAGCCCGAGUGCUACCAGCAGUUCAGGAACUUCAUUGAGACCGUUAGAGAGACAACCAUAGCUAGUUUGGCCUUGCUGGUUCCUAAGAAUAUCUCCAGUUAUCCGUCCAAUGGAGAGCGCUUCACUGAAGGCCACAUAGAUGUGUGGUGGAUCGUCCAUGACGGAGGCAUGCUGAUGCUUCUGCCCUUCCUGCUCCGCCAACAUAAGGUGUGGAGGAAGUGCAAAAUGCGCAUUUUCACUGUGGCACAAAUGGAUGACAACAGCAUCCAGAUGAAGAAAGACCUCAUCACUUUCCUCUAUCACCUGCGCAUUGAUGCUGCUGUGGAAGUAGUGGAGAUGCUUGACAGUGACAUCUCAGCUUACACCUACGAGAAGACACUAGUAAUGGAGCAAAGAUCUCAGAUCCUCAAACAGAUGCAUCUGACAAAGAAUGAGAUGGAGAGAGAGAUUCAGAGUAUUACUGAUUUCUCCCGUGGAUCCAUCCGUCGUAAAAACCCGCCAACCUUGCAGCCCCAACACAGCACAGAGGAGGGAACCAGCCUUGCAGAAAAACCAGAAGAUAAGUCUGAGGCUGUCUCCAACCCAAAACAGGUCCGCCUCAUCCAAAGUAAGAAUGCAGCCACCAGCCCAACAAGUCCCACUUCACCUGCUGCCACGCUUGCAGGAGGCACUGUCACCUGGAGAGGCAGCAAGGGCCCAGAUAAAGGGAUGACGGACUCAGCAGCGACACCAGGGGCAGGCAAAGACCCCCUUAAUAUGAAACCGGAAUGGGAGAGCUUGAACCAGACAGAUGUGAGGCGCAUGCACACAGCAAUGAGACUCAAUGAGGUCAUCACAAAGAAGUCCAAGGAGGCAAAAUUAGUCCUGCUCAACAUGCCAGGACCACCAAAGAACCGAACCAAUCAGACAAAUCCAAUGCACAAUGACAUGUACAAGGAUUACCCAUUCUUCACAGAUAUACAGGUCAUGAUUUUUCUCGGCUUUGGAUGUUUGCUGGCAUUUUUCCGACUCUACGGCUUCGGUGGGAUGGUUUUUAAUUUUCUGACUGCUACCUUUGCCAUCCAGUGGGCCAUCCUGGUGCAGGGCUACUUCCAGUUCUAUCAUAAUGGGAAGAUCCACUUUGGAGUUAUGAACCUCAUAAAUGCAGAAUUUGCUUGUGCGGUGGUCCUCAUCUCUUUCGGAGCGGUGCUGGGGAAGACCAGCCCGCUGCAGCUUCUGGUCAUGACUCUGUUGGAGGUGCCUGUGUUUGCGGUCACAGAGUGGAUCGUUCUGAAGUAUCUAAAGAUUAAUGAUGCAGGAGGGUCUAUUCUCAUCCAUCUCUUUGCCUGUUAUUUUGGACUGGGUGUGACGUUUGUGCUAUACAGGUCAGGUUUAACGGAGGGUCAUGUUAAGGAGAACAGCAGCUACCACUCGGACAUCCUGUCUGUGAUGGGCACCUUGUUCCUCUGGGUGUUCUGGCCCUCAUUCAACUCAGCACUGACCCUUAAAGGGGAUGACCAGCACAGAGCCAUCCUGCACACCUUUAUUGGCCUCAGCGCCUCCACACUGACUGCAUUUGCUCUGUCUGCAAUGCUGAACAAAAAAGGAAAGCUCACAAUGGCAGAUAUUCAGAAUGUGACCCUGGCUGGGGGAGUAACAGUUGGGGCAUCUGUGGAUAUGAUGAUAUCACCUGCAGCUGCGUAUGUGCUGGGUAUGAUGGGCUGCACUGCCUGCAUGCUGGGCUACAAGUACCUGAGCCCAUUCUUAGCACAACGCUGCAGGAUCCAGGAUCAGUGUGGGAUACACAAUCUGCACGGACUAACAGGACUUAUAUCAUGCGCAGCAGGGAUAUGUGCUAUUCUGAUGGCUGAUGAGGAAGUUUACGGCCCAAGUCUGUAUGAGAUCUUUACUCACAGAGCACCAGUGGAGGGGGACCCGAAACUGCAAGAACUGCAGAUGCUGAUUCCAGGUUUAAAACCGGGAUUGGGAAGGACUGCAAGGGAGCAGGCUCUCUUCCAGGUUGCAGCUCUAUUCUCCACGAUAGGACUGUCGGCACUGGGGGGCAUUCUGACAGGUUAUGUGUUGAAGCUGCCUUACCUUGCAGCUCCUUCGGAUGAUCUCUGCUUUGAUGAUGUGGUGUUUUUUGAAGUUCCCCCAGAUUAUGAUGCACCACUUAAACUCAGCUACAAAAUGACUGCAGAGGAGUCUCCAGAUGUGCAGCACCAAAGAGUUGUCAUCCAAUUAAUGGACAAUAACAUGGAAUAUAAAUGUGCCUGACUUGGUCUUUUGAACUGACUGGAGGUGUGUGUAUCUCACUAUUAAAUACAUGUUUAUAUUCAUUACACUCUAGAAUUCUUGUAGGCAUUUAUAUUUUUGCAAUACCUUUCAGUAACUUUGUUGAUAUAAUUCAUGCUCCACAAAAACAGAGCUGUCAGCUGCUACCUGCAAAAAGUAAUUGUAUUAUCAAACACUAAAAUUAAUAAAGUACUGAAUACUACA